AUGGCCUCUUCAUCAUCACAUGAGAACAUGAGAAAUCUUACCACAUACCGGCCACUAUAUAAAGCUGUUCUCAAAGGCGAUCUGGCGACCGUCAAAAGCAUCUGCGAUGGUGAUCCACUUGCCUUAGAGGCUAGGAUCACUGUAGAUUUGGACACUGCUCUUCACAUAGCUGUUGGGACUGGAAUGGCCAAUCACAUUGUCAUGUAUUUGUUGAACAAGAUGUCGAGACACCAGUUGGGUUUGCAAAAUUCCAGUGGUGACACUGUCCUCUCUAUUGCUGCAAUUGUCGGCAACACCAGAGCGGCCAUAAUGAUAGUGACCAAACAACCAGAUCUGCCUCAGAUUGCAAACCAUGAUGGGCGGGUCCCUCUGCUUGAGGCAGCUCGCUAUGCCCAAAAGGAGAUGAUUUCCUAUUUAUUAGAAGUCAGCGGAGACUAUUUGCAGGCAACUGAAUAUUCUGCUGAUAAGCCUGGCGUUUUCUUUAUGAAUCUUCUUGUUCUUGCUGGGUUCUACGACAUGGCUUUGAAACUGGUUGAAAGUCACCCUCCCUUAGCUACAGUGGAAUAUUAUGGUGGUGAAUCGCUUUUGAGUGCAGUGGCAUAA